CGCUCGCAUUAAUACUAUUAACUAUUAACAGGUUAUAUUACUAUUUAUUCUGUGUAAAUUUGACAACGGUGUGUAUCAAUCAACAUCAUAAAUUGGCACAUGUCAGUUUUGUUUAUUCCCGGCUUUUAAAAUUCGUAUGCGAAACGUUUAAACUGGACUAACAGCACGACUAUGGUUAUAAUCAACAGUUUCAGCCAUCCGGAUGCACCCGUUCGUCUGCAACAAAACAAUGUACGAGCAGUUUUGGAUAAAAAAGAUUUAGGACUAGGAACACUCUACAUUUGCGACAGUAUUCUCGGAUGGCAAGCGACUGAUAACGUGGGAUUUACCAUGAAUUUUGAAGAUGUUUCUCUACAUGCCAUUUCUAGAGACAGAAAUUUGCAUCCGAGAGAUGCAAUCUACAUAAUUGUAGAUUCACAUUUUUGUUUAGCUGGUCAAGAAGACAGAUCAGUAAAUGAUGAGGAAGAUAGUGAAGAAGAUUCUGAGGCUGACAUUUCUGAAUUAAUUUUAGAACCCCAGAACCCUUUGACAUUACCAUCCUUAUAUGAAACUUUGAAAAUUUGUCAGGAAUUAAAUCCUGACCCUAUAGAUUUAGAUGAAGAGGAUGAGGAUGACUUAUAUGUGGAUGCUGAAAUGGAAGGUGAUUAUAUUGUUACCAAUGCUGACAGAGGUGAUGCAGAAGUCCGAGAAUUGUCAAGAAGACUACAAAGUAGUUCUGUUGACAUUCAAUAUGUAGGCAAUGGACAUGAUCUGGAAGAGGAAUAUGAAGAUGCAGAUUAAACAUUUUACAAAUUUUUAAGUACUUUUUUUUAAAUAAAACUCAAUUAAAUCGAAAA